CGGUCGACGUGGAAGAGCCGGACGAAGGAGACCCGGAGUUCAUGGCCUUGUCUGAGUCUAUGAUGGAGUGCCAGGACAGGGACAGGGACAGGGACAGGACUGCUGCGCCUCCACCACCUCCAGAUGCCCACGUAGAGGAUGGAGGCCUCUCCAUCCAUUUGUCUUUUUUGCUGAAGUAGCCAGUUUGACCAAAAGCCGCCCGUUUGACGCAGGACGUCCUCGGACCAGACGGACGCACAGGCUACCAGCACGUCUGUCGCCUGGCGUCGGCGCUGGUGAAGCUGCGUCUGUGUCCUUUUGUCACUCAGUCUCAGGUGGCCAACAUCAGGGAUCUGUGGCUGAAGCUGGACUCCAGGGACAAGGCCCCCCUUGCCCUUCCCAUGCGGCACAAGGACAGGUUGUCCAAGGGCCGCUUCAAGACCUCGGCCAGAAAUCGCCACUCGACGGGCGUGGACAGUGCCAAACGUCUCGCCAUCGGAAAGGGCACGGAGGUGGCGCACUUCCCGAGUGUGAGCAGGUUGAUGGAGGCCAUUUUCAUCGAGCUGUGCCACAUCCACACUCAGGGGCACAGCCUGGCCGGAAUCCGGAUGAGCCGAUGGGGGCUAGUGAUGCGUGACUUCGGGCGCAUCAAACAGAUCUGCAGGUCUGUGCAGCUGCUGACCGCCGCUGCGAUCCAGCUGGUGGAGGUCAAUCAACGGACCCUUUCACAGUGGUACAACUGGAGAAGCAAGGAGGAACUGGCCAGGGGCCUGUGCGUAGUGCUUCCAGCGCCCACCGCAGACCAGGUCGCAGCAGAGGCACUCCCACCGUCCAAGCCUUUACUGGAGAAGGCGGUGCAGCCCAGUAAAGGCCUGGAAUACCACCACCCGAACGACACCUCUGGUCUGGCAGUCACUCACAGAGGGCCUGUCCUGCCAGAGCUUUUUGCAGCGUGUGUGUCCGCUUCAUCCUCCUCCUCCUCCGCCGCCGCCGCUGCUGCUGCAUCCGCUUCGCCCUGCUCCGCCACUGUGUCCGCUUCGUCCUCCUCCGCUGCUGCUGCUGCUGCUGUGUCUGCUUCGUCUGCUGUGUCCGCUUCGUCCUCGUCCGCUGGGCUUUGCCACUCCAAGUGUCAGCACCCCCCCUGGCAGCAGUGGUGGUCCCAAAAGGAGAAAUGCGACUCAACAUACAUGCAAGCUCUGUGGAAACCCCAAGUCCAAAGCAUUUGGCCACAGCUGUUACAGGAACGAGCACUUUUGCUCUCAGUCGGCAGGGCGUUCAGUGGAAGACUGGCUCGCUGAGAAGAAGAGGGACGAGGCACAAUCAAAGACCCAACAUUGGCCCGUACGCCAUCUGCUGCCUCAACCUCCCAACAAUCCCCCCUGUGCCUGUGUCACAUCAAAGUUGCCGGUGCCGGUAGCAAGGGGAUGGGAGAGUUGAAUCUAAAUUUCAUUAAGGAA